AUGAUCGCGCGGCGCAAGCGCGUGCUGGCGGCGGAUAACACAGAGCUGCUGGACGACUGGCUGCUGCGGCAGGCGGGGACCGGCGCCGCCCGCGUCUGCGUGGUGCUCGAGGCCCCGGUGCCGCCGCGGGACGUCGAGCUCCACUGGCAGCCCGGGGUCCCGCCAGCGCCCCCAGCGCACGAGUGCCUCCGCCGCAUCGAGCCGGACUCAGACGAGGACAGCGACGAGGCCGCCGACCCAGACGACGGCACGGGGACCUUCCUGGGCUACCUGGCGCGGCGAGCCUUGGGCGGCCUGCCCAGCGGCAGCGUCCUGGUCGGAGAGCGAACCAGGACAGUUUGGUAUCUAAGCAGGCCCAGCACCGGAGCCAUGCAGACGGGCGCCGCGCUCUGCGCCAUCUGCGCCGCAGUGCUGCCCUGGACCGGCUCGGCGUCGGCGUGGGUGCAGAAGAAGUGCGCUGGCGAGCAGUGCACGGACCCGCAGUACCCGAUACUCGACUACAACGGUGACAAGUGCGUCUGCCGCCAGCACCCGUGCUGGAAUGAUGACGGCAAGGUGCACAGCUGCGUGAACCCCGAGGCCCCGUACUUGGCGUUCGCAUACCUGGCCGACGGCAAGCUGGUGUGCAGCUGCCAGAAGAAUCCCCACUUCGGCUCGGUUUACCUGGCGCAGGACGUCUGUCCAGGCAGCACCUGCACCGAGGAGAACACGCCCAUCCUGGAGUACAGCGAAGACAGCAACGGGUGCGUCUGCUCCAGCCAUCCUUGCCUGAACGACAACGGCAUGACGCAUUCCUGCAAGGAUGAUGCCACCAGCGACUAUCCGAUUCUCACGUUCAGCUACGACAAGAACGAGAAGCUCAAGUGCGGCUGCAGCAAGAAGUUCGUCCCCCCGGGAGAGAAGGAACUCUGA